UUCUGUUACUGAAUUUUAAUUUUAAUUUUUUUUAAAUUCAUUUCAAAAGGAUAAGAAUUCCUUUGAAAUCUUUAUGAACUGAAAGAAAAUCAUAGUGAAUAAUAGUUCCUGAUUCCUCUUCUUCAUCUUCUUCUUUCGAAGUGCAAUUUCAAAUUCCUGCAAAAGCAGAAGAUCUGAAAUUAAAAUGGAUCGAAGAGUGUUGCUUCUSACAUUGCUGCCGCUCUCUGUCUUCUGCUUCGACAUCUACRGUUUCUUCUCUACUCCGCCUCCGAAAUCAUCCAAUUCUCUCGUCUUUCAUCAUCCACACGGAGCCAAUUUGAAUCAGACAUUUACAGCCAAAUUGAACCAAACGCUUACAGCCAAUUUGAAUCGAACACUUGGAGCCGAUUUGAACCGGACACAAUCGGGGAGUUCGAAUCAGACGCAAACAGCCAACGUAGGCGAUACGAUUCUCAUCAAAUUCAGCUCUCUGUGCUCUUACAGAGGAACUUCCAUGUCGAUUAAGCUGCUGGUGCUUGAAAACUUUCCUGGAAUCAAUGUUACUCUUUCACAUCAUCCUCCAGAUUUGACCAAAUAUCUUACGACAAAAUUUAUAUCAACUGCACAAGUACUGAUUAUUAUCAUAGUGAUGGCUGGUGGAUAUAUUCUUGCCGAGAUGAGAAUGCCAAUACCUCCUUGGUACCAUCGUUUGGCCGCACACAAAUUUUUUGUCAUCGCAAUCCCUUGGCUUCUGGGCAGCAUAGCUAUAAACUACCUCCAAAACACUGAGCCCUUUGAAGUUUACUUCAAUGAUGAACUGGUGUUUUGUAAACUACAGGCAGGGCGGUUUCCCGGAGUGACCGAGAUGAAAGAACUCAUUCGCAGUCGACUUGCGGGUUGAAGAGUACGUUGGCAUAAUCAGGUCGUCCAGGAUGUUUUUCCAGAUUGACAACUCUGGCAGAGAUUUUCAGUACAUAAUAAUUCAGCAUCUUUGGUAGAAUUUUCAUUUUCUAGAUCCAAGUUGGAUUUCACCCUCUUUUUUUUAGCAACGGAUGAUCACAAAUUCUUUAUUAGAUGUGAUAGAACUCGUUUAUUUUCAAAUCUAGAGAUACAGAUACUUCUCCCCAAUUUCUCUACCAAAACUCUUUAGUGAAGG